UUAUUCACUUGGUACCGUAAAAAAAAAAUUAGUCGUGACAUGUUUUAUAUAAAAGGAAAAAUAAGAGUGGUGUGAUAUAUUUUGCAAUGGAUCCCUUUUUGCUAUGUCUUUUUAUAAUAUACAUUUUAUUUAGAAAAAUCGAGUUGGCAGCUGAUGCCAACUACCACACAGAGUACCAGUUUUUGGCCCUUCUAUUUUUCUAUCAAUGUGUUGGCUCAAUUUUAUUUAUUUUAUGGUUAACUACUUUUUGUUCAUUUCGUCAUAAUUUUAUAUAUUUCCCAAUUAAUAUAUUUUUAGACUAUCAUCUACAGCAUUAGAAAUUCAUUCAUUCCAUUUCAUUUUAAUCCUACACUUUAUUACUUAAAAUAUGUGUGUUUGUUAUUGCAGGCCAGUUUCAUAUUUACGCUUUACAUCUAACGCUUUUUUGCUUGCUGUGCGUAUCAGUAAUAUCUUUUGUAUUUAUAAAUGUACAUAUCAACACCAUACAUGCUCCCAGCAUGUCUACUCUUACUUAUCGGGCUCCUCCACCAUUGUGUAACUUGCCUCCCCUACUCUUCCUCCUCCUUGGCACCCUCUACUAUAACCAAGCGAAUAAUCAACGGUGUCAGCAUGCCAGAUGAACUAGCGUCCGCUACUAGCAUCUGCGGCGGUACAAUCCUCUCCCCUAACCACAUCUCACCGCCGCUCACUGCCAAGCAGAUAAGUGUCACGGCAAAGAAAAUCACUAUACAUCCGGAUUAUAACCACGAUGCAACUGAUGGGCUGGCAGAUAUGGCAGUAAUCGAGGUAGACACGAUAGUGUUUGGAAAGCAGGCGCAGAAAAUGCCUGUGUAUAAGGGGCAAUUAAUUCCGGCCAGGGAAGGAAAGCACAGCCACGGACCUGACCGCGCUCAAGGGCGUCGUGGUGGUAACUGGGAAUCACACUUUGUCAUCCUGACGCCAAACCGCAGCACUUGUCAGGGGGAUUCUGGGACCACCGUGGCAGUGAGCAAAGACAAUGCGCUUAUGCUUGUUGGGCUUGUCAGUAUUGCUAUUAAUUUGACCGAUGAUUUGGAGUGUGGGAAUGUGCAGAGCGCGCAUAUGUAUGUGCAUAUUGCGUACUUUAUGGAUUUUCUUGUUAGCACUACUGGUCUGACAGUGGACUAUCUGACG